GGAAGAAUGUAGAAUGUCUCAGGGUAUCACUAGCCUCAAGUGAGUUGAGUGAAUAGUUGUAAAACCCAUAUCUGCACUGACUGAUCCAUUCUGCUUCUCUUCAUUUCUAGAGGAGGAACUUUAGCUUGCUGGUCAGUCUGUCUUGGCUGGUUGGCUGGGGAAUGAUCCUGCUUGCAGCUCGGUUUUACUGGAUGGGCAACAAGCCACCAAACUUCUCUAACUCAGACAACCCAGCAGCUGAUUCACCUCAUUUCCUCACCAGAGCACUCACAUUCCUGUAUCUGCCAGCUGUCAAUGCCUGGCUCCUCCUUUCCCCAGAUAGACUCAGCUUUGACUGGUCCAUGGAUGCUCUUCCUCUGCUCAGAACCAUCACUGAUUGGAGGAACCUUCAAUCUGUUACAUUUUACUCAGGAUUUGCUCUCCUGGCCUGGUUUGGCCUGAGAAGCAAGGGACCCUCUACAAUCAGUGAAACGAAUGGAAAAUCCUGCAUGAGCAAUGGAAAGUCUCAAACUAAUGGGAACUGUCAUAGUCACUAUGACAACAUGUCCCUCCAGUACAGAAACCACUACAUAGACUCAAAAUCGUUAUACUCCCCCAGUAGAAAAAAUGGUUAUCAUAAACCCAAUUCCUUCAAAACUCAAAGAUCUCUCCCAGCUACAGAGAACCUGGUGGUCUUUUCGCUUGGGCUGUUGGCUUUACCCUUUAUUCCAGCCACCAACCUGUUUUUCUACGUGGGCUUUGUGGUGGCCGAGCGGGUGCUCUACAUCCCCAGUAUGGGCUUCUGUCUGCUACUGACCGUGGGGCUGAGGACUAUGUUUUUUCGCUCCAAAUCAAGACACUCUAGAGUUGUCCUGCUGAGCUGUGCAGUGGGCUUGAUGAUACUCUACAGCCUUAAGACUGUUAGGAGGAACCAGGACUGGCAGAAUGAGGAGAUGCUUUACAGGUCUGGCAUUGCUGUAAACCCUGCUAAAGCUUGGGGUAACCUUGGUAAUGUCUUGAAAAACCAAGAAAAAAUGGCUGAGGCAGAGAAAGCAUAUAGAAAUGCACUUUAUUACAGAGGCAAUAUAGCAGACAUGCUCUACAACCUGGGUUUGCUGUUACAAGAGAGUGAGCGAUUCUCUGAGGCUCUGCAUUACUAUAAACAGGCCAUUGGGAGCAGACCAACUCUGGCCUCUGCAUACUUGAACAUGGGCAUUAUCCUGGUGUCCCAGGGGAAUAUUGAAGAGGCCAAGCACACUUUCCACACCUGCGUAGACAUCCCUGAUGAGAACCUGAAGGACCCUCAUGCCCACAAGAGCUCUGUCACCAGCUGCUUGUACAACCUGGGCAAGCUGCUUCAUGAGCAGGGCCAACACGAGGAGGCACUGUCCAUGUAUAAGGAGGCUGUACAAAAGACGCCUCGACAAUUUGCGCCACAGAGUUUGUACAACAUGAUGGGUGAGGCCUAUAUGAGGCUGAACAAUCUAGAAGAGGCAAGUUAUUGGUACAGAGAGUCACUGAAGGCCAAACCUGACCACAUUCCUGCCCACCUGACCUAUGGAAAGCUGCUGUCCAUCACGAUGACUUCAUCUGAUCCAGGAAAGCGAACGUGUUUUCAGCCAGAUUGCAAGAUGCCAGAUAGACAGUUGCUGUGUACUUCGUGUCAAUUAUCUAAUGAUCUAUGCAUUCGAUUACCUUGAGUGUGGGCUCGUUUGAAAGAUAAUCUCCUCCUCUAAGUGAGGGAUUCAGAUUGCUGCAACCAGAGGGGGAAGUCAUCCAAAUAUGGGCAGAGGAUCGUUCACUCUAAUUGCAUAUGGCCACCAGGAGAUGGCGCCAAGUACAUGACACAGACUCAAUGAUGGCUCAAAUGACACAG